UAGAUACAGUCACAGAGCCGCGGGAGGAAGAGAGUUGCAGAAAUGAAGACAAUUCUUUCCUCAGAGACAAUGGACAUCCCUGAUGGGGUGAGUAUCAAAGUCCACGCCAAAGUCAUCGAGGUUGAAGGUCCUCGCGGAAAGCUUGUUCGAGACUUCAAGCAUCUCAACCUCGAUUUCCAACUCAUCACCGACGAAAACGGCAAGCGAAAGCUCAAAAUCGAGUCCUGGUUCGGCUCUCGCAAAACCUCCGCCGCCAUUCGCACUGCCCUCAGCCACGUCGAGAACCUCAUAACCGGCGUCACCAAGGGAUACCGCUACAAGAUGAGAUUCGUCUACGCUCAUUUCCCAAUCAAUGCUAGCAUCACCAACAGCAACAAAUCCAUCGAGAUCCGAAACUUCCUCGGCGAGAAGAAGGUUCGGAGAGUGGACAUGCUUGGCGGCGUUUCUGUUGUGCGAUCUGAAAAGGUGAAGGAUGAACUGGUUUUGGAUGGAAAUGAUAUUGAACUUGUUUCUAGGUCUUGUGCUCUCAUUAACCAGAAAUGCCAUGUUAAAAAUAAGGAUAUCCGGAAGUUUCUUGAUGGUAUUUAUGUUAGCGAGAAGGGAACAAUAGUGGAAGAGUAGAUCGUG